AGGUCACAGCGCGGCGGCGGGUCUGGCUGGCGGCUUCGGUGGCGGCGGGCGGGAGCCGAGUGCCCCGUGUGCACGUGUGGAGAAGCGGCGGCACCAGCGCGGCGGCGGGAGGCACCCCCGCCCCCUCUGGAGACGCAGGGCCGCGCUCGACUCUCGCGGCCUCCGUCACCCGCUCAGCUCCCUGCCCUAAGCGAGGAGGCCGGCUUGCGGGGUGGAGUGGCCCGAGCUGAGGGCGCGGAGAGCUCAGGGCGGCGACGACAACGGCGUUGAUAUCGGUGGUAACAACGGCCUCAGCAGGCAGGGAAGAUGAAAGGUAGCCGGAUCGAGCUGGGAGAUGUGACACCACACAAUAUUAAGCAGUUGAAGAGAUUAAACCAGGUGAUCUUUCCAGUCAGCUACAAUGACAAGUUCUAUAAGGAUGUGCUGGAGGUUGGCGAGCUAGCAAAACUUGCCUAUUUCAAUGAUAUUGCAGUAGGUGCAGUAUGCUGUAGGGUGGAUCAUUCACAGAAUCAGAAGAGACUUUACAUCAUGACACUAGGAUGUCUGGCACCAUACCGAAGGCUAGGAAUAGGAACUAAAAUGUUAAAUCAUGUCUUAAACAUCUGUGAAAAAGAUGGCACUUUUGACAACAUCUAUCUGCAUGUCCAGAUCAGCAAUGAGUCUGCAAUUGACUUCUACAGAAAGUUUGGCUUUGAGAUUAUUGAGACAAAGAAGAACUACUAUAAGAGGAUAGAGCCCGCUGAUGCUCAUGUGCUGCAGAAAAACCUCAAAGUCCCUUCUGGCCAGAACGCAGAUGUGCAAAAGACAGACAACUGAACAAAUUACAGAUGAACUUUCUUGCACUUGCUUGUCGCCAAAUAAAAGAGAGGCCCAUUGAUUCCCCCCCACCUUUUCUUUUAAACCUUUCCCCCUUCCUUGUUCUUGUGUUUCCUCCUUUCAGAACUUCCUUCCCUUUCCUCUAAAAGUUUUAAACUUUUAAGGACUUAUUAAUCAUGUUUGGAUUGUUUUAGUUUUCUUAUUUUUGUGAGGUGGCUUGAUUGUAGGAAGGAGAAGGUAUAGAGAUCUGUUUAGUUUCACAGUUAAGAUAUAUGGUCCCAAAAACUUGAGUGUCAAUUUCAUUUUUUUUUUUUUUAAUGUCCUGCUUUCACAUUGAAGGGCAGAGCCUACAAAAUAUUGUAUAUUUCAAAGGACAAGAAGCAGCAGCAGCAAUAUCUUGUUCUCUGACUCAUAGACAAGUUUAGUGUGUUUGUGGUACUUUGGGAUUUUCAAGAUUUUGUGGGAUACUAAUCCCUAUACAUUGCCUUCACUCCACCUUUUGUCCUUCUGAGUAUUAGCUCAGGAGUCGGACCAUUGUUAUCCUUGUAAGAAGUACUAAGCUUAUUUUGUUCUGUUAAGCAUUUAUUUCUUCCUUCCUCACUGGUGGCUGACGGUGGGUGGAACAGUCUGAGUAGGUAGUAUUAUACUUUGGUCUCAGCAUUUGAGUUAAACCGCUUUUUGCUAAUGAGUGGGCUGGUUGUUAGCAGGUUUAUUUUUCCUGCUGUUGAUUGUUAGAAGUGGCAUUAACUUUAGGAGUGUGGGCUGGUGAGAUUAAUUUUUUUUAAUAUCCCAGCUAGAGAUAAUGGCCUUUAACUGACCUAAAGAGGUUUGUUGUGAUUUGCUUUUUUUUCUCCUGUCCUUUUUCUUCAGUAAAUCCACAAUAGUUAGUCAGACCUUAAAAAUGGAGUUGAUGUCCUUAUAGGUCAAUGCCCCUAAAUAAACCUGAAGCAGGUGUUGUCUCUUGGACAUGUUAAAAAAUACCUAAAAGGAAGCUUAGAUGGACUUGUGGCACAACAAAUGCAUUAAAUGUCAGCUAAUUCAGACUGUUAGAAGUGUGGCCACUGAGCAUUUGAUUUUAGAGGAAGGACUAUCUAGACAGUAUUUUUGAGAAUAACAUAGCUGUGCUAAUUGCUUAUCUGUUGGAGAACAUCCCAGAUUUGCUUACAUUCUGUGCCUGUGAUAUUGAGUUUAAGGAUUUGGGGGUGGGGGAAUUAUUAAACAUAUUGCUUCUAUUCUUGGAAAAAGUAGAAGUCUAAAUAAUGCAAAUGUCACUGUGACCUCCUCUACUGACAGGACUGGUUUAUGCCAGAUCGUUUCCUGGCACAUAGGGAGUGGCUUUGACGGGUCGAUAACUUUUUGUAGGAUAGAAGACAUCUGAAAUUUUCAUGUUUUCCUCCAUAAUCCCAUCUCCAAUAUUUAAAAUUUUCUACAUUGCCAAUACUGGUGGCCCAAGAAAUGUUUUCAUUAGACUUUAAAACAAUGCACAGAGCUUGAAUUUUCUGUCAUUUGACUUUAAAAGGAAGAUUGAUUCAUAAUAUUUAUCCUCUUAUGUAAAUCCUGGCAAAAAGUUUCAUCUCUUCAAAUAUGUUGAAUGACAAAAUUAUUUUACACAAUGUUGAUGCACAUUUUAUAAUCUUAAGUUCUUAUUUGAGAAUGUAAAAAUACAAGGUACAAUAGACUUCAGCAGUCUUAGUUGAGUGCCAAGAAUAAUGUAGAAAAGGAAGAUAGUUGAUAAAUGAGUUUAUAGGGUUAUAAUCUUAAGAUAGUAAAAAUGUAGAAAGACCAUGCUGGUUUCUUGGGUAUCAGUUUCUUAAGCAGUCCAAAUCUAAGCUUAGAAGAAAAGUUUAGCAUUAAGCACCUUUACCUUCAUGGAUAAGCUUCAGCUUGCUCUUGCCAAGAGAAGAGUGCUUGAGUUACAGAAGGCAUAAUUAGUUUGAAGAUUCAACCUUUUUGUAAACUUCGCAUAUCAAAAUAGAUUUUGAUAUAUAAAUGAGUUUUGUGAGAUGACACUGCCUCUAUUUCUAUAACCAUUUCACCUGGACUAUCUAAUCAGUCCUAUGAAUGUAUCCCUGAAUGUGGUUAAUGAAAACCGAAUAGCUGCCUCAUGACAAUUAAGUACAUAUUAUUUAUGGAGGAAAAAAUAUUAAAUUUUGAAUUGAG